AUGGCCACACGCGUUCGACCGAGUGUGAAAAAGUGCCUUGUUAUCGGAGGAUCCGGUUUCCUGGGCAGACAUCUGGUGGAGAAGCUGUUGGACCGAGGUUAUGCAGUCUCUGUAUUUGACAUCCGCCAAAACUAUGAACUGCCCAAUGUUAUAUUUUACCAGGGAGAUCUCUGUGACAAGCAAGCUCUGUUGUCAGCUCUAAAGGAUGUAUCUUUGGUUUUCCAUUGUGCCUCUCCAGCACCUGCCAGUGACAACAGAGAACUGUUUGAAAGGGUCAAUAUUCAGGGCACGGGCACCGUCAUUCAGGCUUGUAAAGAAUCGGGAGUUAAGAAAAUGGUUUUAACAAGCAGUGCCAGUGUGGUGUUUGAGGGUACUGAUAUAAAGAAUGGAACAGAGGGUCUGCCAUACGCCAAGAAGCCUAUUGACUACUACACGCAGACCAAGAUCAAGCAAGAGAAGAUGGUUCUUGAAGCAUAUGACAGCGAAAGCGGUUUUCUAACAGUUGCCAUUCGACCUCAUGGCAUAUUUGGCCCGAGGGACCCACAGUUGGUCCCUAUAUUGGUAGACACAGCCCGCAGAGGAAAAAUGAAAUUUAUUAUUGGCGAUGGGACCAAUCUAGUGGACUUCACCUUUGUAGAGAAUGUGGUUCAUGGACACAUCCUGGCAGCUGAGCGCCUCAAGGCAGACUCUCCAAUUUGUGGAAAAGCAUAUCAUAUCACCAAUGACGAACCAAUCCGCUUUUGGGACUUCAUGUCUGAGAUCCUGGUGGGGCUGGGAUAUCCUGCUCCCCGCUAUCACCUGCCCUAUCUCUUUGUUUAUGGACUCGCCCUUCUGCUGUGGCUGCUGGCUUUGCUCUGUAGUCCUUUAAUCUCUUUCAAACCCACGUUUACACCAAUGAGAGUGGCUCUAGCCGGAACACAUCAUUACUACAGCUGUGAGCGGGCCAAGGAGGAUAUGGGCUACAGUCCAGUCGUCACUUUGAAAGAGGGAAUAAAGCGCACAGUGGAGAGUUAUCCUCACCUCAGACAAGGAGCAUGA